AAUUAGAGCUAGUUAGAAGUUAGAAGUUUUGAAACAGUGGACAAGCACGUUUCGUUAUUCUAAAACUUAUUCUGAAAUAGCAGAUUUAACAUCUUUUAUAUUAUUUUUCACUGUUUCUUGAAAGUUAUACCGCUUGUGUGUAUCAAAUUAGUGAGACACCCGCCUAGCAUGAGAGAUCCAGAUUUCAAUCCUAUCUGAGGUAAUAUUCUUUGCAGUAAGAAUUCUUUACAGUGAUGGGGAAGACAAAAUGCUUAAAAGUACUUAAUUAAUAAAAUAUGGCAACAAGCAAUUUAGUCUGUGUCAUCUGUAGAAAAAACACUCGUGACAUGAAAGUCAUUAUAUUCACUAAUGAAACUUUAACAAAAAGCUGUAAAAUAUCAAAAAUUCGUAAAAAUUUUGGCUUAAAAUAUGAAGACGUUGUUUUACCUACCAGUGUGAAUGUUACAGAGGGUUAUCAUGUAUCAUGUUAUAAGAAUUAUAUUGCCCUAAAGAAAAAAUAUUACGAUGAAGAAGAAGCAUCAACAUCAUCCGACGUAUCUUCAUUUGAACCAAAUAUUAUGCGCCCUGUUGAAGAUACAUCUCAACAAAAUGCAAUCCCAUGCGAGAUAGUGACGCCUGAUGCUUAAAUAUUAUUGAUCCAUGUGAAGUAUCAACCUACAAAGAACAAUAUGUAUCCGCGGAUGAGACAUUAGAAGAAGCACAAAGUUUCAAGAAAAAUGAAACACCAUGUUAUUUUUGCCAAAAAAGAUAUAAAAAACACAAAGGACGAUUGCAGCCGUUACAAACUGGACAAAAAGAAAUCCUCAAGGAAAACCUACAUAAAUAUUCCGAGUUUCUUAAAGAUUCUGAAGUUUUAAAAAACCUAGGAACUUCACCAAAUGAAAUUCAUUACCACAAAAUCUGUCGCGUUGAUUUCUUCAAUAAAUUAAAAGCAAUUGCCACCAAAAGACUGCAAACAAGUUAUCGUAUAAGUAGAAAUUGUCAUAAAAAAGCCUUCGAGGAAAUAUGUAGCUUUAUAGAGUAAAAUGUACUAGCAAAAGAGCAUUGCUAUUUAUGGAGUUAUUUAAAUAAUUAUUAUAUGGCUGCGAUUACAAAAUUUGCAGGACACGAUGGCGAAUACAGUAUUACUUUUAAUGAACAACACUUACAAAACAAAAUAAUUGGAAAGUAUGAAAAUGAGAUUAAAAUAAUGACUAUGCACAAUAAAAAAAUAGUUAUGCCGAUAAAUCACACAAUAGAUGAUGGUCUAUUUUCACUCUUAAAAGACAAAGAUAUUCUUCAGAAUGCCGCUUUAAUUUUACGACGACAAAUCCUAAACAUAAGAAAGACUGCAUUGCCAACAAUUUUGAAGACUACUGACUUAUUGAGAGGAGAAUGCUCAAUACCGCAAGAAAUAACUGAUUUUUAUACGACAUUAUUGGGUGGUUUCCAACGUCGACGUAGAACUAACAUUAAUUGUCAGAGAAAAAUUAAAUCACUGUCUGAAGAUUUAAUUUACGCUGUUACAAAUGGUAAAAUUAAAACUAGAAAACAUAUAACACUAGGAAUGACUUUGAAAAGUUUGACAAGUAGCCGUAAAAUCAUCGACAUAAUUAAUAGGUAUGGUCAUUGCUGUAGUUAUAAC